AUGGUGGGUGGGGAUGUGGGUGAACAAAUUAGCAGGGUGUGGCCCACAGAAGCUGAGGAAAUCUACAUGCAACAGAAGUUCAAGAUGCAGGCAGCUGCCUUCAAGGACAAGAAACAGGGGGACCAGCCAAUCAUGAAGAAUAUCACCUUGACCUGCAGAAACCAGAACCAGCCAAAAGGUGACUACACACAGUUCCAUAGACAAGCCCAGCCCAGGUCACCCUUGGACCCUGCCGGGGUCCCCCGCUGGUUGUACAGAGCUAACAUGAGCCUGUAUGUCCUCCUCUCCAUGGCCUUCCUGUUCUGCAUCAUUCUCUCCGCCUUUGUCCUGAUGAAGAAUUGUGAGAUGUCUGAGGAGUUGUUGGGCUUGAAAGGGGAACUUUGGAAUGUGUCAAGCUUCAUGAAAGAGUGUGAGGAGAAGCAGGAGAGCUGGCGCUCUGUCCAGCAGAGCAUCAUUGAGGUCAGGAAGAAAGUACAGAAGCUGGAGAUGCAGCCAGCAGAAAUGAACAAAAUCAACAGAAACAUAGAAAAAAUCUUACAAGAGCUAGAGAAGAAGCCAGCUGCAUGCCCAUGA